UUGAAAUAAGAGUGAGGAGAGAGGGGCAAAAGUGGGAAAAGGGAAAGUCUCCCAGCUGGGCGUCUGGAAGUUGAAUGGGAGGGCGGGAGGCCAGGUGGCCACUAUAAAAGCGUAACAUGCCUCUCACUGCCCAAUCCCCUACCAUCCCAAUAUCGCUGGCCUGGCCUCCUAAAUUUAACCUCCUCUCUCUUUCUCUCUCCUCUUUCUGGAAAUUCCGAUUCGGUUUUCCUUUUUGAAAGUUAAACGAAGCUUGUUUGUUUCGGCGAGCGGAGGACGACGAGAGGAGGAGGAUCGCAAACCCUAGAUCGGCAAUGGCUUCGCCGCUGCUGUAGUCUCCGCCUGUAAUCUACGGCCGGCUGCUCUUCUCUGCCGUUGAUGUUCAGGAAGAGCAUGUUGUUCCAUGGUGCAUUUUGGUGAAGACUUUGCUAUUUGCUCCCUCUCCAUGCUCUUUUCAAUUUCUGAGAAGGCAUUUUAGUCCAUCGUAUUUAUCUGAUUGGAGGUUCCUUCGAUUGAUUUGGAAAGUUUAUUAUUUUCAUCAUGGUUGCUACUGCUGCUACUUCUGCUUUUUUCCCAGUAGCUUCUCCAUCUCCUGAUGGUGAGAGAAUAAAUUCUUCCAAGCUUGGGGGUGGGUCGGCAAAUUUUGGGGCAAAGUCGAAAUCUGCAUCUUCUGGUGGUUUGCGGGUGAAGGCAAAUGCCCAGGCUCCUCCCAAAAUUAAUGGCAAUGCAGUUGGUGUGAUGGGGGAAAGUAUUAAGAAUGAAGAUGGCGGCACACCAUCACCUGUCCCAAGGACUUUUAUCAACCAAUUGCCUGAUUGGAGCAUGCUUCUUGCUGCUAUCACUACCAUCUUCCUGGCUGCAGAGAAGCAGUGGAUGAUGCUUGAUUGGAAACCCAGACGACCUGACAUGCUUAUUGAUCCAUUCGGUCUGGGGAGAAUAGUUCAGGAUGGCUUUGUAUUCAGGCAAAAUUUCUCAAUUAGAUCUUAUGAAAUAGGUGCAGAUCGUACUGCAUCUAUAGAGACGCUGAUGAACCAUUUGCAGGAAACAGCCCUUAAUCAUGUUAAAACUGCUGGGCUUCUUGAUGAUGGCUUUGGUGCUACCCCAGAGAUGGCCAAAAGAAACUUGAUUUGGGUGGUUGCCCGUAUGCAGGUUCUGGUGGACCGUUAUCCUACAUGGGGUGAUGUUGUUCAAGUAGACACUUGGGUGUCUUCAUCAGGAAAGAAUGGUAUGCGGCGCGACUGGCUUCUUCGUGACAGCUAUACUGGUGAAGUGUUAACGAGAGCUUCCAGUGUGUGGGUGAUGAUGAAUAAACACACUAGGAAGGUAUCUAAAAUGCCGGAUGAAGUCCGGGGGGAAAUUGUGCCUUAUUUUAUGGAUGUUGCUCCUGUUGUGGAAGAGGAUGGCAGAAAAUUGCCGAAACUUGAUGAAAGCUCAGCUGAUUAUGUUCUCACAGGUUUAACUCCCAGAUGGAGUGACUUAGAUGUGAACCAGCAUGUUAACAAUGUGAAAUACCUUGGCUGGAUCCUCGAGAGUUCUCCACAGGCAAUCUUGGAGAGUCAUGAGCUUUUUAGCAUGACAUUGGAGUACAGGAGGGAGUGCGGGAAGGACAGCGUUUUGCAGUCUCUCACAGCGGUUUCGGGUGGGGGGAGUGAUAUGGUGGAGUGCCAGCACUUGCUUAGACUCGAGAGUGGGGCUGAGAUUGUGAAGGGGAGAACCCAGUGGAGGCCCAAACCUGCCAGCAACUUCGGAAAUCUGGGUCAGAUUCCAGCUGAAAGUGUUUAGUGUUUCAAGUUCUUUUGUACCUGAUCAUGAAAAUGGCAAAGAAAUGUUAUUGAUGCUGCUGUGUCACAUUGUCCCUGUAGAAUCCCGCUCUGUUCUUGAACCGCCUACUUGUGUUGUUUUUUCUUUUAUUCUUCUUCCUCCCCCCAAAUUUUUAUAUUUAUAUAUAUAUAUAUCUGUUCACUUUCUUAUUCAUGCUUUUGUGGAAAACAUGAAAAAAAGGCUGUAAGCCAUUGCAAGUCAA